AUGGCGCACGCGGCGGUGUACGAGGAGGUGCCCUUCAGCGAGCUCGAGCUCGUUGAGGACGACGACAUGUACUACUACGAGUGCCCCUGCGGAGACAUGUUUGAGAUCUCUCCGGCGCGCUCUCGUCGCUGCGCGUCGCCGCUCUCAUCGCGGCGGGCUAACCUCCUGCCCUCUUGCUCACAGGCGCAGCUUGCCGGCGGGGAGCGCAUUGCCCGCUGUCCGAGCUGCUCGCUCACCAUACUCAUCAUUGACUACCCGGGCGAAAGCGGCGCUGAUGGAGGGAUGCCGCAGCUGCCGCCGGCUGUGCCCGUGAGCAGAUGA